GCGGAUGGCUGUUGCGCUUCCGUCAAUAAAGGGUGGUGCAGCUGUUUGUAAACAGAAGCAGCGCGAGCGCCUAUUCUAAUUUCAACCGCCGAGUAACGGCCCCUGUGUGGGGGAGGGUUCAUGAGGACGGUCGGUUCACUUUGAAGCAGUGCGGGCUAGCCGUCGUUCCCAAGGGAGGGAGGAGGGAAGGAUGCCGUUCUUGGGGCAGGACUGGCGAUCCCCGGGAGGGUGCUGGGUGAAGUCCGAGGAUGGCUGGAAACGGUUCGAGUUCUACCGAGAGGAGGAGGAGGAUGAUGACGACGAUGACGAUGAUGAUGGGGAGAGCUGCAGCCGUCGCCGCCGCCAAGGGAAGCAGCAGCUGUGUGGACAAUUGCAGGAAGAGAACAAGGGAAGUGAAAUUAUUGGGGAAGAUUGUGAGGUGGUAGUGAAAAAGAGGAAGAAAGAUCACUUCAAUAACAACACAAAGACCCAAUACUUCUAUCAGGAAAAGUGGAUCUAUGUUCAUAAAGGAAGCACCAAAGAAAGACAUGGUUAUUGUACGUUGGGAGAAGCUUUUAACCGCUUGGAUUUUUCAAGUGCAAUUCAAGACAUGAGAAGAUUUAACUAUGUUGUUAAACUUUUGCAGCUUAUAGCAAAUUCACAGCUGACCUCUUUAAGUGGAGCUGCACAGAAGAACUACUUCAAUAUUCUGGAAAAGAUUGUUCGGAAAGUACUUGAGGACCAACAGAAUCCUCGACUAAUCAAAAACCUUCUUCAGGAUCUGGGCUCUGCCCUCUGUAUCCUAGUUCGUGAGGUGGGAAGGUGUGUCCUUGUUGGUAACAUUAACAUCUGGGUUUACCGUAUGGAAACUAUUCUGAAUUGGCAACACCAGCUAAAUAAUCUGCAGAUUACCAGGCAAAUAAAUAAUGGAGCAACAUUGAGUGAUCUUCCCCUUCAUAUGCAGAACAGCAUUCUAUAUAGGUUUUCUGAUGGUCUGGAUAUUGUCAGCUUGGGCCAAGUGACUUCUACUCUGCACAUGCUCAGUGAAGAUAGACAUCUGUGGAAAAAACUUUGCCAGUACCAUUUUGCAGAAAAGCAGUUCUGCAGGCACCUGAUUCUGACUGAGAAGGGCUGCGUUGACUGGAAACUAAUGUAUUUCACACUACAAAAAUAUUGUCCAAAGAAGGAGCAAUAUGGAGAUGCCCUACAGUUCUGUCGCCAUUGCAGCAUUUUGUUCUGGAAGGACUACCAUCUUGCUUUAUUAUUCAAGGACACAGGACAUCCAUGUACAGCCAACAAUCCUGAAAGCUGCUCUACACCAGUAUCACCUCAGCAUUUCAUAGACCUUUUUAAGUUUUAAAUGGAGCUAUUAAUGCUUUAAAGAUUUUAUUUUAGAUGGUGCUGUUUUUUGUAGGAGAGCACGUUGCUGCUUAUUCUUGUGCAAUACAUGUGUUCUUGUAUGCUGUUUUUAUUUAAAACUAAUUAGAAACAUUUCCUCCAUCAGAAAAGAAAAUCAUGUAGACUUAAGUUCCUGUAGAAUACAAAAGCAUUAACUCCAUGUAAACAUCUGGAAGUAGAUUCUUGAUUUAAAACCUUCAAUAAUGUUACAAGUUGUUAAGUUUAAAAAUAAAUAUUUUUGCACAUAAUGGAUACAUUUAGCCUGAAAUGUAAUUUACAUAUUGAAACAGUUGCUUUAGUUCUGUUUUUUUAGCCUACAUGUUAAAAUCUGUUAAGAUUGGUGAAAAAAAAUUUCUAAACUAGUGUACCGCCUUUUUUAAAACAAAGCACUUUUUUCUGUUUUUUAAGCUGCUUUUUGAACAGGAUAUUAACCCCUACAAAGCAUUAUGUAUGAUUAUUCAUUAAGACUGAUCCACAUGGAUAGGAUAAAACCAUGUUACUGCUAUGAAUUGUGAUAUUUAAGGUUUUUUCAAAAAUAUUGCAGAUGUACAUUAUUUUAUAAAAUAAUUCCAGCUGCCUGUGAUGCUGGGAUAAGAGGCUUGCUGAAAGCAAAUACUAUAUUGUUACAAGCUUGAAGUGCAGAAUAUACAAUUGUUGUUUAAAAUGGAAAAAAAACUCCCACAAUAUUAAUUAAAUGUAAAUUUUUUUUGGUGCGAAAACAGUAAUGUAUUGCUUGUAUCCUGUAGAUAUUUGGGAAGUGAGGAGGAAAUAAAGAUAAUUUGAUCCCCAA